UUUUGUUUCAGAUGGGCUCAAUGAGUCUGACUUCACUUCUGGGUCAUGGUUGCCGGAGUUUCAUUGCGCCGGUGGCCCUUGUUUGCACGUUAGCACUGACCCAUGUUGCUCUGAGUGAACAUUCGAAGAGCUACCAGCAUGUGAAGGUGGCUUGGUUUUCUAAGAGGUCCAAGAAGAAGACAAGGGUUGCUUGUGAGUCCUUGAAAGAAGAGGUGACUUACCCAACUGCUACUUCUUCUGUUUAUGGCUACCCAUAUACUCGUCUGCUUCCAUGUCCCUCGCAGAAUGGACCACCAAGAGUUGAGCACUUGGUUGUUUCAGAAGGAGGGCCUGUUCUAGAAUAUAUAUGCAAAAAUCUGGAUCUUUCUGCUCAGUUUGUUGCAGAUCUUAUCCAUUUUGGAGCUGUGUAUUAUGCCCUUGUAUGUCCAAAGCCUCCUCCAACCGCGACGCCCGAGGAAAUGAGGGUAUAUAAAGAAGCUACAGCACCAUCAGUACUGAAAAAGAGAGCUUCUAUCAAAGGAAAAACUGUAAGAGAAGCACAGAAGACUUUCAGGAUCACACAUGUAGACCAAUUUGUUGAAGAUGGAACGUACUUACGUGUGCAUGUACACCCAAAGCGUUUUCCUAGGUGCUAUGAAAUUGACUGGAAAUCAAGAGUUAUAGCAGUAAAUGAAGACUUUGUGGUGUUGGACAAACCUGCUGGUACAACAGGUGUGAUUAGCAAUAAAUUGUCUGUACCAAGUUGCAGAGAGUCUUGGAGUUCUCUUGAGAAUGCCAUAAUCAACAUGGUGAAGUCCAAACUUGACCGUAUAUCCACUUGUCCACUCGAAAUCGUCGAGCAAUGACCACACGAAGUACCCUCUUACAUCUGCUCCCUUUAGUUCUGUCCAUAUUUUCAUAAACUCAGUUAGCCUUCACCACAAAGUGAACCACUUCUGCAUUCG